AUGACAUGUGCUCGUUAUCCUGGAAGUAUAAAUCAUUUAGAAUUGGAUGCAAAAACAGUGGCUGACUGGGGAGUGGAUUAUGUGAAGAUGCUUGCCUGCCACUCUGCGGAGAAUACUGCGCCAGAUGGUUUUGAGAAAUUUCACAGAUUACUCAACGCAACUGACAGGACGGUAAUGCUUUUGUGUACUUAUCCAGCAUAUAGCUAUUGGCUUUCAAACUCUAAUUUGAUUGACUGGAAAAGAUUACAAAAUAAUUGUAAUUUGUGGCGAGUGUGGUCCAACGUGCAGAGCAAAUGGAGUUCUAUAAUCGGUAUUAUUAAUAGAUAUAAACUUCGCAACGAUGUUUUUCCGAAAGUGGCUGGUCCCGGACAUUACAAUGAUCCCGAUGUGUUAGUCUUAGGAUACAAUGGACUUUCAAAUGAUCAAAAGCGAGUUCAGAUGGGAAUGUGGUGUAUGUUCGCUGCUCCACUACUGAUGUCAGCUGACAUGGACAAGGUGGAUGAAUUCAGUGCAUCUCUGUUACGCAACAAACAUUUGUUGGCGAUAGAUCAGGAUAAAGGUGGACAUCAGGCGGAAUUCGUGAAAUCACGAAAUGAUGUACAGUUGUGGAUACGAAAAUUAGAUAAUUGUCCAAUUGGUUGGGCAAUCGCUUGCAUCAACACAAAGGUUGAUGGAGGACCAAUCGACUUUAGCACGAAUCUGGAUGAAUUCAAAUCACAGAUGUAUAUAAUAUCAGGAGAUAAUAGAAUGUAUCACAUUUUAACGAUAGUUUUGGAAGUGUUCAUUCUCACUGCCUCAUGUGUAUUGUGUUUGGAUAAUGGAAUGGCAACACUACCACCAAUGGGUUGGAUGACAUGGCAACGAUUUCGAUGUCAAAUUGAUUGUCACAACUACCCAGAUGAUUGUAUUAGUGAAAAGUUGAUUAAACGUACUGCUAACAGACUAGUAUUAGAUGGUUGGAGAGAUUUAGGUUAUCGUUAUGUAAUAAUAGAUGAUUGUUGGCCAGAACGGAAACGGGAUUCGAAGACAAAUGAAAUAGUUGCAGAUUAUAAACGAUUUCCGAAUGGCAUUAAAAGUGUUGGACAAUACUUACAUUCUAAACAUCUACUAUUUGGCAUAUAUCUCGAUUAUGGAACUCAAACAUGUGAAGGUUAUCCAGGAAGUAUGAAUUAUUUGGAGGUGGAUACCGAUAGUGUGGCUAAGUGGGAAGCAGAUUAUGUAAAGAUGGAUGGAUGUAACAGUCCGCAAGAAAGUAUGCCAGAGGGUUAUGGAAAGUUUUCCAAAUUAUUGAAUGCAACUGGCAGACCAAUAGUGUUCUCAUGCAGUUAUCCUGCUUAUAUUCCUUGGAUGAAAAAUACUAGUUUGAUUGACUGGAAGAGACUGAAGAACAAUUGUAACUUGUGGCGUAUGCUGGGCGACGUUCAAGAUAGUUGGUCAUCGGUUAUCAGUAUUAUAAACGCAUAUAAACUCCAAAAUGAUGUGUUACCGAAGUUGGCUGGUCCAGGACAUUGGAAUGAUCCUGAUAUGUUGUUGAUGGGAAACUUCGGUCUUUCAGAUGAUCAGAAACGAGUUCAAAUGGGUAUGUGGUGUAUGUUUGCUGCUCCACUAUUGAUCUCAGCUGACAUGGAAAAGUUAGAUAAUUUCAGUGUAUCUCUGUUACGUAAUGCACGUUUAUUGGCAAUAGAUCAGGAUAAAGGUGGACAUCAGGCGGAAUUCAUCAGAUCACGAGAUGAUGUACAGAUGUGGAUGAGACAAUUAGAUGGAGAUCCAAUUGGUUGGGCAAUCGCUUUUCUUUACACAACUGAUGGUGGUGGACCAAUUCACUUUUACACAAGUCUUGGUGAAUUCAAAUCACGAUCGUAUAGGAUAUCUGGAGAUCAGUUUGAAUUAUUGGAUGUGUUCAAUGGUGAUAAAUUGAAAGUGAUUCAACGAAGAGAGAAGUUUAUGAUUUCCAUCAAUCCAAAUGGGAUAAUGAUGUAUCGAGUUAAACGUGUUCAACUAGAGACUGUUUCUGAAGAAAUUGAUGGACCGUUUCAGACAUUUUUAUCGCCUUAA